UCAUCGCAGCUGGAUCCCGGCGUGACCUCGGCGUGCGCCGAGCGGGAGCGGCGAGCGGGUGGAUUUAUGUGCUGGGAGCGGGGCCGGGCCGGCCGGGCGGCAGCGGCGGCGGGCGGGGCCGGCGCGGGCACCAUGGGUGUGAUAGGUAUACAGUUGGUGGUUACCAUGGUAAUGGCUAGUGUCAUACAGAAGAUCAUACCUCACUAUUCUCUUGCUCGUUGGCUUCUCUGUAGUGGCAGCUUACGGUGGUAUCAGCAUCCCACUGAAGAAGAACUACGGAUUCUUGCAGGGAAGCAAAGAGGGAAGAGUAAAAAAGAUAGAAAAUAUAAUGGUCAUAUUGAAAACAAACCCUUAACCAUUCCAAAAGAUAUUGACCUGCAUCUGGAAACAAAAUCAGUAACAGAAAGGGACACUAUUGCAUUGCAUUACUUUCCAGAAUAUCAGUGGUUAGUGGAUUUUACUGUUGCUGCUACAGUUGUGUAUGUGGUGACAGAAGCCUAUUACAGCAUCGUGAAGCCCUCACAAGAAAUGAAUAUCAGCAUAGUGUGGUGUCUGCUUGUGUUGACUUUUGCAGUUAAGGUACUAUUUUCAUUGACUACCCAUUAUUUCAAAGUUGAGGAUGGAGGUGAAAGAUCAGUCUGUGUCACCUUUGGUUUCUUCUUCUUUGUGAAAGCAAUGGCAAUACUCAUUGUGACAGAAAACUAUCUAGAGUUUGGAUUGGAAUCAGGAUUCUCGAAUUUCUCAGAAAGUGCUAUGCAGUUUCUUGAAAAACAAGGUUUGGAAUCCCAGGGUCCUGUGUCUAAACUAACCUUCAAAUUGUUCCUGGCUGUUCUGUGUUCACUUAUUGGUGCUUUUUUGACAUUCCCUGGCUUGCGACUGGCUCAAAUGCAUCUGGAUGCUCUGAAUUUAGCAACAGAAAAAAUAACACAAACAUUGCUACAUAUAAACUUCUUGGCACCUUUAUUUAUGGUUCUACUGUGGGUAAAACCAAUCACUAAGGACUACAUUAUGAACCCACCUUUGGGCAAAGAGAGCAUUCCUUUAAUGUCAGAAGAUACAUUUGAUACCAUCAGAUUGUGGAUUAUAAUCCUGUUGUGUGCUUUGCGGUUGGCUAUGAUGCGUCAUCAUUUACAGGCCUAUCUGAAUUUAGCCCAGAAAAGUGUGGAUCAGAUGAAAAAGGAAGCUGGUAGAAUAAGUAUGGUUGAUUUACAGAAAAUGGUGGCUCGGGUAUUCUAUUAUCUUUGUGUAAUUGCACUGCAGUAUGUUGCACCAUUGGUCAUGCUCCUUCACACAACUCUGCUCUUGAAAACACUAGGUAAUUAUUCUUGGGGCAUCUACCCUGAAUUGAAUUCUGACACUCCAGGAGAAAACAGUCUGCUUCCCAAUUCUGUUUAUUCUGAGUCUCCCCCUGCAGAUGGAAAGAUGAAAGUGACUGUAGUACAAAUAACAAUGGCUUUGGGAAGCCUAAAGAAUAUUUUCACUCCUCUCCUGUUCCGGGGACUCCUGUCUUUCCUCACCUGGUGGAUUGCUGCUUGCCUUUUUUCUACAAGCCUUUUUGGGCUCUUCUAUCACCAGUACCUGACUGUGGCAUGAGCAAGUCAAUUGAUAAAGCAAGUGUGAGGCUAAAUUCUGAUACAAACCCAGGUACCCAAGAGGAAUGAAGAUUAAAAAAAACUAUAUAUGUGAAGAGAAAACAUAUCAUAAUUAUUUUUAAACACUUCCUUCGUGUUCUCAGGGUGAAUAAUCUUAAAAUGUUUAAAAUUGCAGCUGGGUUUGUUAUUUUUGUUACCCAAAUGGUAGGUAACUGAUUGUGUUGUAGUAUUGGGACUGACUGACAUUAUUGUGUGAUAGACGGUGGUAAGCAUGCUGGAAAGAUGCAACUUCUGAGUAUCUUGGUUUCCAUAAACAGCAAGCCAACCUCAAAAAUUUGCGUUUUAAGCAUCAACAGUCAGUGUGAACUGCAUUCAUCGGGUACUGGUCAUAGUGAUGAUGGCUGCCUAUCAAUUAAGUCUUGAAACUGAGCCAUACAGUGAAAGGAGAAAGAGGGGAUUUUAAAAAAAAAUCUGUUGGAUAGCUAUUGAUCACUUUUCUCCUUGGAAAAUUGAAAAAUCCAACAGAACAAGAGAGAUACUGUAUAUUACAGUAAGGAAAGUUGUAUAAAAUAUAAAUUUAACAGGAAUAGAUGUAUGUACCUGAGAGGUAUUGCUGCCUACAUAUUUUGCAGAAGUGCUUGUGCAGUAAGAAGAGAGUUAUAACAAAUAUAUUACUCCAGUCCCUGCAGUCAUUUUGAAAUAAUGGCCAUAUGUAUUGGUGCUAGUAUUGAUCCACAGAUUCCAUCUGGAUCUUUUAAAUUUCUUCUUUGGAGGUAGUAGAUAUAUUCCAUUGAAUUCACAAAAUAAUAGAAGAUAAUUAGUGACACCAGUCAAACAUUUCAAAACAAAACAGUUUAAUCCUGCUGACUGAGAGUGUAUAAUAUGUGUAAUGUGCAUAUAAAUAUAUAUUAUAUAUUAAAUAUAUAAUAUAUAUGAAGAUAUGAAAUAUGGAAUCUUUAUUUUAAAUUACCGAAUGUAUCUUACAGGACCAUGGCACAGGGAUGUAUGUGAAUCUAGUAAUUUCGAGAUCCCCUUUUGAAAUGAAACUUUUGAAUUUUUCUUUUCUUUUUUUUUUUUUUUUUUUUUUUUUUUUUUUUUUUUUUUUUUUUUUUUUUUUUUUUUUUUUUUUUUUU